UUAGCUUUGUUUGUACAGCUUUCGCUUCAUUUGGGCAAGCAGCGUAGCCCCAGUCAUGGGUGAAGCAGAAGCCUUCAGUCAGACUUUUCAGAAAUGGAGCGAGCAUCACCCAGAGGUGAUUUUGGUUGAGUCCGAGGAGACCUCACUCGCAUUGCAGAUUGAGGAGGUGGUGAUCACAUUGAUGCGCCUGGAUGAAGGAGGCUUUUUCGUGGAAGUUCAGGGAGAAGCAGAGGAUGAGGUGGAGGAAGCGGUCACACGAUUGAACAGCCUUUUCACUGAGAAGACCAAGAUGACGUUGCUUGAUGCCUUAGACGCUUUGGUGGAGCAGUUGCCCAGAUCAGAGGACUUGGAGAUGCAGUUGCCCGAGGUGGAAGAGCCCGUGGACGGCUCUGAUCGGCCAAAGCGAAAAGUCAUGGAGGAAGAGCGGUCCUGGGAGAGCUUUGCAGAGGCCUCAGCGGCCAAGGGCUCGCGCCAGGCAUCUCAAGUCUUGAUGCGUGAGAUGCGGGCGCUUUUGGCUCUGGAAGGUGCUGAGAGCGCCAAAGCUCUUGAGAUUGAAAUGGUGAAGGAAUCCUUGUACCAUUGGAGCGUCAAGAUGUUUGCCGAUGGGUUUCCUGACGGCCCCUUGCGGAAAGAGCUGCAGAGUUUUGCUGUGCAGCAUCCUUCUGGUGAAGCAGCUGUGGUUCUAGAGGUCCUCUUCCCUGACAGCUAUCCAAUGCAGCCGCCCUUCAUUCGUAUUGUACGCCCUCGCUUUCAGAUGCACACAGGACACAUCACAGUUGGUGGCAGCAUUUGUAUGCAGCUGUUGACACCUUCUGGUUGGCUGCCCACAGUGUCUUUGGAGAAUGUGUUCGUUGCCAUACGCAGCGAGAUGGUCGAAGGAGGAGGUCGAUUGGACUUCAACUGCAAAAGAGAUUACAGCGUUCAAGAAGCCAGAGAUGCGUUCCAGCGUGUAGCUCAUCGCUACGGCUGGCUCAGGUAGAAGGAAAAUGAUAUAUUAAUAAAUAUAUGAACAAAUAGAUAUCUAUAUAUGUAUAAAUAUAUAUAUAUAUAUACAUAUGUAUAUGUUAUAUGUGUUUAAAAUUGUGUGAUCAUAUUAAAGGAUCCUUUUUUGGGCUGUGUGUUAUUUUUUUAUGCGGAUGUUUAUGUUCGGUGUAAUUUUGGG